UUUUUUUUUCGUUUUAGCGAUUUUCGCCAAUUUAUGUAUACGAAUUUGAAUGCUCAAGAACGCUAGCAUGUGAAACACUUGACGCGUGGUAAUUCAAAACAAUCAAUCACAUUUCAUAGAAAAGGAAAGAAAGAAACUUGAUUGCUAACAACGAAAAUAUAAAAGAUGUCGAGACGUCCAGAACACUUGGCUCCACCUGAAAUGUUUUACGAUGAAUCCGAAGCUCGAAAGUAUACGCAAAAUUCUAGAAUGAUAGACAUACAAGAACAAAUGUGUAGACGUGCUAUAGAACUUCUUCUACUGUCAGAGGAUGAAACAUUUUUGUUGUUAGACAUUGGCUGCGGUUCGGGAUUAAGCGGCAGCGUAAUCGAAGAAUAUGGCCACGCGUGGAUCGGAAUCGAUAUAUCUUCCGCGAUGCUAGGAGUAGCUUUGGAAAGAGAAGUGGAGGGUGAUUUAAUUUUAGGGGACAUGGGUGAAGGUAUGCCGUUUAAAGCAGGUAGUUUCGACGGUGCGAUCAGUAUUUCAGCACUUCAAUGGUUGUGCAACGCCGAUCGCAGUUCGCAUGAUCCUUCGAGGCGACUCUAUAAAUUUUUCUCCACUUUGUUCUCCUGUUUGUCAAGAUCAGCUAGAGCAGUAUUUCAAUUUUAUCCUGAAAACAGCGCACAGAUUGAAUUGAUUACGACACAAGCCACAAAAGCCGGAUUUUAUGGCGGUGUAGUCGUAGAUUUUCCAAACAGUACCAAAGCAAAAAAGUUUUAUUUAGUCCUAAUGACUGGUGGACCUGCUGUUCUUCCGCGAGCUUUAGGCGUUAACGACGCUGAGACAGCCGUCUCGUAUACAUCCAGAAGAGAUCGAUUGAGGCAAGUGAAACAUAAACCGCUAAAAAAGUCAAAGGAAUGGAUUAUUGAGAAAAAAGAAAGGAGACGAAAACAAGGAAAAGAAGUGGCCGAUGAUUCCAAGUAUACCGGCAGAAAAAGAGCACGGAAAUUCUAACGCCGAUCUACGUGUUAACACAUUUUCGUAGCGUAUUCGCUGGAUACUCUUAUCCCGUACAAAUUUUUAGUGAAGAAGAAAAAAAAAA